AUGGAACAACUUAAGUGUGUGUCUAUGAGCAAAACAGCCAAAAUAAUUGAUAAAACUGAAGCACUGCAAGAAACCUCGUAUCCGUCUGAAUCCACAGUUGUGCCGUACAAAGAUGACGGAAUCGAAGAAUCUGAGCCAAGACAACUCGACACAGUUCUGAACCCUUCAACCAACUGCUUAAUGCUCGCAGCUAACGAUCUUUCGUCUCGUUCAACUUGUGAAUGA